AUGCUUCUGCGGAUCACCAGAAAGCUGUCUCCAGACUUCCCCUCUCCUUACUAAACUGCGCUGGUUCACUUCUGUGACAGUGAGGCUCUGCUGCGAAUUGCCGAAUAAAAAAAUUAAAUGGAGAAAUCAGGAGGGAAGCAAGUGAGUGUUGUCGUGCCCCCUUUAGAAGGGUUAGCUGGAGGGGGUACUGCUUAUGGAUGGAGUGAUGGUGGCCUUGAGGAUUCAAUUUUGUACACAGGCAAAGUCGAUCCAACCAAAGUUCCAACAGCUGAUUUGUUACAUGUAUGGUGCAUGCCAAGCACAGCUAAUAUUGGACAACAAGAAAUUCCUCGACCUUUGGAGAAUAUAUCUCUAUUGGCUGCAAGAAAUGAGAAAGAAAGCGUUCAAAUAGUUUUGCGCCCCAAAGUUUCUUGGGCUUGUUCUGGUAUUGCUGGUACCGUACAGAUGCACUGUACUGACCUGUGCUCCUCUUCUGGUGAUAGCAGGUUGGCAGUGGGUCAGUCCUUAACUUUGCGCCGUGUGGUACCUAUCUUAGGUGUGCCUGAUGCUCUUGUUCCUCUUGAUCUACCGGUCUCUCAAAUAAACUUGCUUCCUGGAGAAACUACGGCAAUCUGGCUUUCUGUUGAUGUGCCUCCUGGACAGCCACCUGGUCAAUAUGAAGGAGUAGUUUCCAUUAGUGCUUUGAAGGGAGAGGUGGGUUUCAGAUGUACAUCACAAUCUAUGCCUAAAUUAGAGAAGUCUGAACUAUAUAGAGAACUCAAAAGCUGCCUUGAUUCAGUUGAUCCAGUUGAUGGAAGAACAAUGGAUGAACUGGUGGAGAGAGAAAAAUUCACAACAUCAGUUUUGAGAAGAAUACUUUUUUCACCAAUGUUCCAUGAAUUUUCCUCUGAUAAUGGUUCAACUGAAAUGAUGGAUGAGGAUGCUUUGACAAAUCUAUCCGUUUUGUUAAAGAUAACCGUUACAGUGUGGGAUUUUACCCUUCCAAUAACACCUUCCCUUCCAGCGGUAAUUGGUAUAUCUGAAACUGUGAUUGAGGACCGCUUUAGGGUAGAACAUGGCACUGAUGGCUGGUUUGAUGCGUUAGAUCAGCAUUUCAGGUGGCUUCUUCAGUAUAGGAUCAGUCCAUUCUUUUGUAGAUGGGGUGAUAGUAUGCGCGUCUUAGCUUACACUUGUCCCUGGCGAGCGGAUCAUCCCAAGUCAGAUGAAUACUAUUCCAAUCUAAGAUUAGCGGCAUAUGCUGUACCUUACUAUCCCAUUCUCUCUGGCUGUAGUAACAGUGAUGCAGAAAAAGAUUCCUUGAGGAAGGAGGUAGAGAUAUUGAAGAACAAGGCUCAUUGGGGAAAAGCUUACUUUUAUUUGUGGGACGAGCCAUUGAACGCGGAGCAGUAUGAGGUGAUUCGUAGCAUGUCUAGGGAAAUAAGGACUUAUGCGCCGGAUGCACGCGUCCUUACGACUUACUACUGCGGCCCUAGUGAUGUGCAUUAUGCUCCUGGUACCUUUGAGGCAUUCGUUAAAGUUCCAAAUCUCUUACGACCCCACACUCAAAUAUUUUGUACAAGCGAGUGGGUUCUUGGAGCUCGAGAGGAUUUGGUCAAAGAUAUUACUGCUGAGUUACGGUCAGAGAAUGGUGAGGAAUGGUGGACAUAUGUCUGUAUGGGCCCUACUGAUCCCCAUCCAAAUUUGCACCUUGGGAUGCGUGGCACACAACAUCGUGCCGUGAUGUGGAGAGUCUGGAAAGAGGGUGGCACAGGUUUUCUUUAUUGGGGUGCAAAUUGUUAUGAAAAGGCGACGGUGCCCAGUGCUGAGAUAAGAUUUCGACGAGGUCUGCCUCCAGGUGAUGGAGUCUUGUUUUAUCCUGGUGAAGUCUUUUCUUCUUCAAAUGAGCCAGUUGCUUCAGCCAGGCUUGAGAGGUUGCUUAGUGGUUUGCAGGACAUUGAAUACUUGAAGCUCUACUCUUCAAGAUACGGCAGGGAAGGAAGUAUAGCUCUUCUGGAAAAAACCGGUGUCUAUCUUGGCCCUGAGCGUUACGCAGCUGAUCACAUACCUGUGGACUUAAUGCGAGCUGAGAUCUACCACACUUGUCAUUCUUAAACUGCCAUUUUUUCUCUGCUUUACUGUGAUUCUUCCUCCAUCUUUUUUCACAUCCUUCAGGAACAGUAUAAUAAGCUUGAAUAUUAACUUCAAUCUUUUUUUUUUAAUUAUUAUUGUUAUUAACCAUUAGAAUAAUCUAAUGCUGGGAUUAAUAAUUAUUAGCUCUCACUUUGUUGGGCAUUGUGAA